AAACAGCUGACGUUUAUGUUUUUCAUCAGAUUCGAGACCAGCAACGGCAUAGCCGUGGGCGGGCAAGGAGAACCCCGGAAUUUCGGCGGCAACCCUCCAGUAGUCCCAGUGGUUAGCCAGGGCUACUACAGCUUCUACACUCCAGACGGUCAAGCUAACAGCAUCUCAUACAUUGCCGAUGAGAACGGUUACCAGGCAUCGGGUUCGGGUAUCCCCACGCCUCCCCCCACACCGCCAGCAAUCUUGAAGGCCCUGGAUUACCUCGCUAGAAGCGGCCAGCUGAAGAAAUAAGACAUAAGACACGUAACAUAAAUAGUCUUUAAGUUACUUAAAUUCAGAUAAAGAGUGAUUAAUUAUAAUAAUUGUAACUAGUAUUUUAAUGCACAACUUCAUUGAAUAAAAGUAUGACGGAUGAUAA